GGUUAUCGAUAUUGAAAAAACGGGUCAGCGUAGUAAAAUCUGGGUGACGAUCAGAGACAGAGAAAGCAACAGUAUACAAUCAUGGAGGAAAUAGAAGCAGCGAGGAAUAGAUGCCAAAGAGUCAUAGAAAACGUACAGCGAUUACCUAGGCGCACCACCAUCUCCGACUCAUGCUGCCGCACUCUCCUUAAAUUAGCCUUCUCUGAGCUCCAUUUCCUCUCUCGAUUUCAUCCUCCUCCUUCACUACCACUCAGUGUCAACAUUGGCCAUUUAGAAGCUGUGGUUCACCUUCUCGAGCAGCCAUUUGUCACAGCAGUUUCUCGCGUUUGCAAGCCAAUUCCUAUCAAAACGAAUACGAAAAAUGUCCAUGUUGAUAUAGUUUGUAUUGUCAAUAAAAACCCGGUUUGGAUAAUUGUAUCUGAUAGGAACCCAGUUUAUCUUUCUUGGAAUGGAUGCAUAAAAUCGAGAAUUGAACGAAUCUUGGCUACGGCUCGUUCUUCCAAGAUAAUGAAACCUUCGUCGAUUCUUCUUUUUUUCUCUCGUGGACUUCCUGAUUUUGUCUUUGAGAAGAUAAAGAAUGAAUUUGGGGCAUUUCAGGUUAGAUUGGAGUUUGAUUUCCACUGCGAGGAACUGGAAGGUGACUGGAUAAAUGUGCUUCAAAGACCAUAUCAGGAUUCAAUUUUCCUUGAAAUAAAGGUUGAAGAUAGGUCUAUUCGAGAAUCAGUUGUUGAUGCUGAUUCUGUUGAUUCUGUUGGGCCGGUGGUGGAAGAAGGGGAUGCCAAAUCAAACUUGGAGGAUAAUUCUACCUUUUGCUGUCUUAUUUCAGGAAUGAAAAGUGAUGGUGAUGUUAUAAAUUUUGACACCACAGCGCUAAUUGCUCUUGUUUCAGGCAUUAGUAAUGGUUGUACGGAUAAACUUUUGGCAACUCCAGAGAUUCAGUUGAGGCAGCGGUUUAAGGGUAAUUUUGAGUUUGUGAUUGCACAGGUCUUGUCUGAAAUCAAGAACCCAAUACAUGCAGAAUUGGCUGGUGUAAUAUGUGGAAAGAAGGGAAUAAUAUGUGAAAGUGUUCUUGCAGAGUUCAAAGAACUGAUCUUGUUGUGUGGAGGGCCUAAAGAGAAGCUAAGGGCUGAUAAAAUACUGAAACACCUCAUGUUUGUGCCUGAUAGUCCUUCAGAACGCAUGAUGUGCCUCCCAACAACUAGAAAGCUGGCUUUGAAAAACAAGGUGGUUUUUGGGACUGGUGAUAAUUGGCAUGCUCCAACUUUAACAGCAAACACGGCAUUUUUGAGAGCAGUUUCACAGACUGGGAUGUCCCUGUUAACCAUUGAGCAUAGACCAAGGGCUUUAACAGGUGACUAGCAGAGUAGAGCGUAAUUCUGGGGGUAAUUGCUGAAAAACUAAUGAUAUCUAUAUCCAUGACAAAUUACGAAAUCCCCUUUUAUCUUUUCUUCAACCAGUUGCUGCACAUAAAUAGGCACUUUGACAAAUCAAAAAUUUUAAUGAUGUGCAAUAGUUUCUUAAAUUAAUCAAAUGGAGUGCUUUUUGACAUAACUAGAACUUGUUCAAGAACUACAUGUUAGUGGAAGAAUGGUUUAACUUUACUAAAUUGUAAAUAUCAGAAUAAAUUCACAAAACAAUUUUGCUGUCAUUUACUGCUAAGUAGAGGCAUCGAUUCAUUGAAACGCUAGAAAGGAACUUUAGUAUCCCAUCUUCUAGGACUCUACAUAUUUGUUGAGGAGGAAACUAUCAAAUGCUUUUACUUAUACUGAAAUAUGUGGUCUACAUACUUAAUUUGUUACAGAGAGGAAGCAUAAUGAAGAGCUAUUAGUAUUGUAUUGUGUGUUU